AUGGGAGAGAAGAAAAUAGACAAAUACGUGUUCAAUAUAAAGAAUAAGGCUGGGGAAGGAUCUUAUGCCACUGUUUAUAAAGGAGUCAACGAGAAAACAGGGGAAAAGGUGGCAAUCAAAAUGUUGAGUAAAUCUGUGAUAAAUGCGUACAAUUUGAGAGUAAAUAGACAGGGAUGAUUAUUUGAGAGAGGGGUUGAUCUAAGAAAUCAAGAUAAUGUAAAAGCUCAAGAGUCCCAAUAUAGUCUAACUCUUAGAUGUAAUGGAAACUUCAAAUAACUAUUAUAUUGUAUAAGAGUUUUGCGAUGGAGGCGAUUUCGAUGAGUAUUUAUAGAUGUUCACUAUUUAAAGAUUGCUAAAGAAGCGAAAAAUCCUGAGCGAAAAGGAGGCAAUCAAAUUUUUGGUUGAUGUUUUAAAUGGUUUCACUUAAUUAAUUAAGAAUGGAAUUACACAUAGAGAUCUCAAACCCGCCAAUAUUUUAAUUGACAAGGCUGUAUUCUUAUAAAAUUAUUUAAUUCCAAUAGACAUUUAAAUUGGCUGAUUUUGGAUUUGCCAAAUGUGUUGAUAAUUUUAAAAAGGACAUGAUGUCAUCUAUGGUGGGAACGCCCUUGUAUAUGAGUCCUCAAAUACUGGAUCAUAAAAGAUACAACUCUAAAACUGAUGUCUGGAGUAUAGGGUUCAUCUUCUAUGAAGCACUAUUCGGCAAGAGUAAUCUUUCCUUUUAUCGCAAGCCCCUUGGACUGCUCGAUCUCCAGCUGAAUUACUGAAGAACAUAAGAAAUUAGCCACUAAAAUUUCCAACUGACAAAAUACCAGUCUCUCAAGAAACCUUGGAUUUGAUUAUUGGAUGUCUCUAACCGGAUGAGUCAAAGCGUUUCUCUUGGGAUGAAAUCUACAAGCAUCCGGCUGUUGCUUAAUACUUUACUGAUUUCAUAAAAGGCAAUUCCAAGCUUGAAGAUAAAGCCUAAUAUUUAAUUAAUGAUAUAAGGUUGAUGAUUAUUAAAGAAAAAUUAGACUUAACUUAAUUAUUCGCUGAAUUGGAUAUGUCUAAAGAUAAGGCAUUGGAUGUAAAUGAAUUGGGUCGAUUUUUAACCAGAGUGGACAAAGAUAUACAAAGAGAUGAAAUAGAAUAUAUAUUUAAUAAAUUUGAUGAGGAUGGAAGUAAUUCAAUAGAAUUCGAAGAGUUUAAGAAAUGGUUGGAAGACAAUUCUAUUCAUGUUGAUCAAGAAUAACAAAACAGAGACAAGUAAAAGAAACAAUCAUUGCUUUAAAAAAAUAAUGUCGAAGAAAGGGCAAAUUAUGUAAUCGAAAAGUUAAAGCUCUCAAUUAUUAAAUACAAUAUCCAAUUAAUUGAUUUAUUUAAAAAGGUUAUACUUCCAUCAUAUUAUUAUCAUAGUUUGACAAAUCUGCCGAUUUGAGAUUAGAUAUCAAAGAAAUGGGGAUGAUGUUGAAGAGAAUUGAACCAAACAUCACGGAAGAUGAAACAAAAACAGUCUUUGAUUAUUUUGACAUAAAUAAAGAUGGAGAGAUCACAUUUUAAGAGUUUUAGACAAAUUUAGAGGAAUGCAUAGUCCGUAAAAAAUGA